AUGUCCUCUCCUACCACCAUCGUCUUCGGACCUACCGGCCACGUCGGCUCCGCCGCAGCCAUCACCGCAGCAGAACUCGGCGCAAAGGUAGUGCUCGCACUACGUGACACCCAAAAGCCUAUCCCAGGUAUAACAGCAGACCAAGAGAAAUCCGGAUCCUUCGAAAGAGUCCACGCCGAUCUCACCAAACCCGACACCAUCGAAGCAGCCGUUCGCACAACCGGAGCCAAACAUGCCUUUAUAUACCUUACCUAUGGAAGUCCGGACCACAUGCGAGGCACCAUCGAAGCGCUCAAGGCUUCCGGUAUUGAAUUCGUGGUGUUUUUGAGCAGUUUCGGCGUUCAUGGAGAUCUCCGAAGUAUCGAGCAGAGCAAUACCGUCGCGUAUAUACAUGGACAGGUUGAGAUUAACCUGGAAGAGGUUUUCGGCGCGGAUGGCUACGUCGCUGUUCGACCGGCAUUCUUCAAUACCAAUGCGAAGUGGUGGGCCGGUAUGAUCCGCGAGGGGGAAGUCAAGAUUGCGUAUCCGGAUAGCACUUUUGACUGGAUUUCUCCGGGUGAUAUUGGCCGUAUUGCUGGAAAGCUGCUUGUCCAGGGAAUUCAGGCGACGUCUGGAGCGGAAGACCGGAACUUUAUCCCUCUUUGUGGACCGAAGUUGGUGUCUCAGGGGGAUGCUAUGGGUAUCUUUGGCAGGGCGAUUGGCAAAGAUGUCAAAGUCACCGAGGUGGAUGAGGAGGAGGGUACCAAGAUCUUGAUUGAGAAUGGCCUACCUGAGUUUGUGGCGGGGCCUUUGGUUAAGUCUUUGGCUCCUGCAAGCGGGGGCUCUAGGCAGUAUGAUGUGGGAAGGUAUACGGAGGGAUCUCUGAACCUGAAGAAGUAUGCUGGGCAGGUCACCAGUCUGGAGGAGUGGGCUGUGGCUAACAAGGAAGUCUUUGGUGUGUAA